AUGCGCAUCGCCACGCUGACCUGCCUUCCCGGCCCUUCCCCCUUCCUCUUUCUGUUGGCCCAGCUGCUACUGCGGCUCCUCCUACCUGGGCCGGAGCUGGUGGGAGCCGCCUCCUCCUGCCCGUCCCACUGCACCUGCUCCAACCAGGCCAGCCGAGUCAUCUGCACCAGGCAAAAUCUGGAGAGGGUGCCCGAGAGCAUAUCAGUCAACACGCGAUACCUCAACCUGCAGGAGAACUCAAUACAGGUCAUCAAGUCAGACACUUUCAAGCACUUAAGGCACCUCGAGAUCCUGCAGCUCUCCAAGAACCAGAUCCGUCAGAUUGAAGUCGGAGCGUUCAAUGGCCUCCCCAACCUCAACACGCUGGAGCUCUUCGACAACCGCCUCACACUGGUGCCAUCACAUGCCUUCGAGUACCUCAGCAAGCUGCGCGAGCUGUGGCUGCGCAACAACCCCAUCGAGACAUUGCCUGGCUACGCCUUUCACCGCGUGCCCUCGCUGCGUCGCCUGGACCUGGGUGAGCUCAAGAAGCUGGAUUUCAUCUCUGACGCAGCCUUUGUGGGCCUCAUCAACCUACGGUACUUGAACCUGGGCAUGUGCGGGCUGAAGGACAUUCCCAAACUGACAGCCCUCGUGCGGCUGGAGGAGCUGGAACUGUCCGGGAACCGGCUGGAGAUCAUCCGACCCGGCUCCUUCCAGGGCCUGGUGUCGCUCCGUAAACUGUGGCUCAUGCACUCGCAGGUUUCUGUGAUUGAGCGCAACGCCUUCGAUGACCUGAAAAACCUGGAGGAGCUCAACCUGUCCCACAACUCCCUGCACUACUUGCCCCACGACCUGUUCACGCCCCUUCACCAGCUCGAGAGAGUUCACCUCAACCACAACCCCUGGGUGUGCAACUGUGAUGUGCUGUGGCUCAGCUGGUGGUUGAAAGAGACGGUGCCGAGCAACACCACCUGCUGCGCCCGCUGCCACGCUCCCCCCGGCUUGAAGGGCAGGUACAUCGGAGAGCUUGACCAGAGCCACUUCACCUGCUAUGCCCCUGUCAUCGUGGAGCCGCCUACCGACCUCAAUGUCACCGAGGGCAUGGCUGCUGAGCUCAAGUGUCGCACGGGCACCUCCAUGACAUCUGUCAACUGGAUCACCCCUAACGGCACCCUGAUGACCCACGGCUCGUACCGCGUGCGCAUAUCGGUCCUGCAUGACGGCACACUCAACUUCACAAAUGUCACCCUGCGAGACACGGGCCAGUACACCUGCAUGGUCACCAACUCCGCCGGCAAUACCACCGCCACCGCCGUCCUCAAUGUCACGGCCGCUGAUGUCAGUGUCAACUACACCUACUUUACCACAGUCACCGUGGAAACAGAGUCCACGGGAGAGGAAGACUCUGCACUGAUUGCCAUCAACGAGACCUUCAUCCGUGUUCACCCUGGCCCCACUCCCUCUGGCCACCUGUGGCCAGAAGGCGCUCCCACCACGGCCUCCUCUUUGUCAGCUGGCUGGUCGUCCUCCUCGCCGCGGGCCACCCGGCCCACCUUCACUGUGCCCAUCACUGAGCCAGGCUUCUCGGGCCUGGACGACGUGAUGAAGACCACCAAGAUCAUCAUCGGCUGCUUCGUAGCCAUUACUUUCAUGGCAGCUGUGAUGCUGGUGGUGUUCUAUAAGCUGAGGAAGCAGCACCAGCUGCAUAAACACCACGGGCCUGCCCGUGCUAUCGAAAUCAUCAACGUGGAAGACGAGCUGGGGGCCGGGGCCAGCGGUCGCGGCGGUGGCAUCUCAGGAGGCUCCACGGUGACACAGAGCGGAAGCAGCGGGAUAGGAGGGGGCCAGAGCCUCAGGCUGCACCACCCAGAGAUAGUCAACCUGCCCAACCUGGCCCGGUCAGAGCACCUCAACCACUACCAGUACAAACCCCAUCACUUCAACAACAACAUGAUGGGCCUGGGCAUGGGCAUGGGCACUGGCGUGGGCCUAAACAACAACAACAACCCCUCGCCCUGCUCUCAGUCCAUGAGCACGCCCAUCUCCUGCUCCCAGGGCCCAACAACCACUAGUGGGGGAACGCCCACAGGUGGCUCCCUGCCCUCCCCGGUGCCCCUGCCCCAGCUGGGCCUCCACAGUUCUCUGAAGGGCCUUAUUGGGAAAGGCCAGAACGAGCCACUGCUCUUUAAGAGUGGCUCCAAGGAAAACGUGCAAGAGACUCAAAUCUGAGAGAGAGUGAGAGGGGAAGCAAGAGGUAAGGAGGGGGAGCUGGAGAAGACAGUGAGAUAGAGAGAGCAUAUGAGAGAGCAUGAGACUGA